UGCCUGGAAACGUCCUGUGGCAUACCUUUCUAAACAACUGGAUCAAGUUUCAAAGGGAUGGCCAGCCUGUUUGAGGGCGGUCGCAACUACUGCUCUAGUGCUUGGGGAAGCUGAAAAACUGACACUGGGAGGAACUGUGCAAGUGUAUGUUCCCCAUAUGGUCCGAGCCUUGCUGGACACUAAGGGUGGUCUUUGGCUCACACAGGCUCGGGUUGCUUGGUACCAGGUGAAGCUGUUAGAGAAUCCUGAAGUCACCCUGCAGACCUGUCCCUCCCUUAAUCCAGCUACACUGCUACCAGAGACAGAAAAGCAGGAACAUGACUGUCUAGAAAUCAUAGAUGUUCAGUAUUCUAGCCGCCCAGAUCUAAAAGAUCAGCCGCUCCCAAAUGCUGACUUGGAAUGGUAUACGGAUGGCAGUAGUACUGUUGUGGAUGGGCAAAGGAGGGCUGGUUAUGCUAUUGUGUCUCUUCAUGAUACCGUGGAAGCUGAGAGUUUACCGGCAGGAACAUCUGCCCAGCUUGCUGAACUAGUGGCCCUGACUCGUGCACUCGAGCUGGCAAAAGACAAACGGGUUAAUAUCUUUACUGACUCAAAGUAUGCUUUUGGGGUAUUGCAUGCUCACGCUGGUUUGUGGAAGCAAAGGGGAAUGCUAACAGCCCAAGGCUCCCCGGUCAAGCAUGGGUCUCAAAUUCUCCGGCUUUUAGAAGCAGUACAACUCCCAUCAGCAGUAGCAGUGGUGCAUUGCAAAGCCCAUCAAAGGGAAGAUCAAGAUGUAACCAAGGGUAAUGCCAGAGCAGACAGGGAAGCUAAGCGAGCUGCUACCCUGAAAUCAGCAACUGAGGAGAAUGCCCAAAUGCAUGCCCUCAUCCCAUCAGUAGGUGAGCUUGCAGCCCCUCAGUACUCCCAAGAGGACAGAAACCUGGCUGACAGUCUCGGUCUCCAGGAAAAAGAGGGAUGGCUUUAUUCCACAGAGGGAAAAAUCCUCCUGCCCAAGGGCUUGAUUCGACCAGUGUUGCAGAAACUGCAUCAGACCACACACGCAGAAAGGAAUCUCUUCCUAGAGGCAACCCGCUUGGAGGAGAGGAGAGAAGAGAAGCGCUUGGAAAUGGCGCACUUGGAAUCAGAGGAGAGAAGAGAGGGGAAGUGCUUGGAAAUGAAGCGCUUGGAGUUGGAAGCAGAGGCAAAGUACUUAGAAGCAGAGGCGGAAAUGCAGGCGAAGCGCUUGGAGGAGGAGUUAGAGCUGAAGCGCUUAGAGCUGGAAAGGGCUAAGCUGGGUCCACCAGAAACCAAGGUUCUCCAGUUUACAAUCCAGGAGAAAGAUGACUCUGAGUGGCCUGAAGGAGUUUACUAUGAAGGAAAAAGCAACGGUGGUGUGGAAGAGAUUGAGGGGCAGAACACCUGGAACACCUCCAAGCUGUCUUCCAGCUCAUAA